CCAAGGAGACCCAGGGCAGCAACCAAGGGAAAACAACUGGACAGGAUGACUAAAGUUAUGCAAAGGAGACUGCCCAUAGCUGUUGAGGAAGGCAAAAAAAGGCCACAUGAACCUGUUCAAGCUGCCAAGUUUGCAUCAGAGGCUGGCAUCAUUAUUCGGGAAACCAUGCCUAUCCUAACUCGUUGGAAAGAUUACAAGGACGACCAGAAAUACUACAACAGCUUUGUGUCACAGCUAAAUGGGCGCUUGUCCGUUAACACUGAGGACAAGGCAACAAAGGAAGCUUGCACCGAUAUGCUACGCUCUGCGGUAAAAAACCAGCGUUAUCGGCUCAAGCAGAAAUACUUCAAUGGUGUACCUGCAAAUGAGAUUAGCACAACUUCUCUUGUAUCUUACAUGACUGAUGAACGGUGGAGGGCAUUAGUUGCAAAGUGGUCUGAUCCAAAGAACAUGGUAUGGGUAUCUUGUCAUAUAUUGUUCUUUCACUAUAAGUUUGCAAAGGAUCUUCGCAUAUUGAACCUAUGA